AUGAAGGUGCACGACCAGUCGCGCGCACAGCUUCUGGCACAGCUGCGUACGCAGCGACGCGAGCGGUGUGCCGAGCUGCGACGAGGCCCCAUGGCAGAGUUUGUGCUGCGCCAGGAGGAGCGCCGCGACACGCGGCAGACGGAGCAGCAGGCGCAGAACGCGCACCCGCAGCAGCAAAUCGACCUGGACAGGUUGCUGGAGCAGUACGACACCGAGCGAGAAUACGACGCCGACUCGGAGGAGGAGGCAGACGAGCAGCCGGAGGGACGAGAUAUUGCACUGGAGCGCGAACUGGAGCUCAUGCUAGCUCUGGAGCAGCAGGAGCUCGAGGAGCUCACGAGGAACUUGAACUUAGACGACGAACGAAAAAAAUAG